CAGAGGUUAUUUUGUAAAAAUGUUUACAUGCCUGGAACAAGCGACCUACACAGCAAACAUUACUCGUUAUGAGGUAUACCUAAACUAACACUGAUUCGUUUCAAUAAAACGAAAUUGCAGCAAACGAACAAUCAUUCGGUUGGUUUUAUUUGUUCUGCGCUUUGUGGAAACUGUACUUAUGCGUCGUAUUGCUUACGUGGCAAGUCCACUAAUUUGACGCACAGACAGGCGUUAUGAUUUCUCUGUAUAAAAAGUCAAUGUUCCGGCACUAUUAGCACAAUGUUAGUUAUCCUGCUGCUGCUCGCGCACGCCGUGAGGUGUCUGGACGUGGAGGUGGUGGGGGAUGUGGCCAUCGACGUGCGCAUGAGCACCGCCAGGAACGGACAGAAGGUGUGGUUCCGGCAGGCGUGGCUGGACGGCACGGAGGAAAAGAACGAGCUGGUCUUCAAGAUGAUGCAGGUGCGACAGAACAUGACGGUGGCGCCCGAGGUGGAGUGCGUCUACCAGUACCCCGAGAAGAACCAGGUCGACGCCUUGCUCAGCAACAUGAUGAACCAGCUCACCAAGGUGUUCGUCCGCGCCAACGACUUCAUCAACGGUCUGGACGAGACGCGGCGCCACGCCAAGCCGCCGCCGCGCUCCGACGACAGCCGCUUCCAGGUCGUCGACAAGAAACAGAAGAAGUUCUUCGAGCUCAUCUACGCGAACAUGACGGAUGAAUACAAUGACUUCUACAACACGACGGCGGUGCGCGUGGACCGGUCGGACCGCGACGCGUGCCAGCACCAGGACGAGGUGAAGCAGAUCUGGCGCGACCUGCUGGAGCAGUCGCAGCAGACGCUGAAGAAGGCGACGCACCGCUGCGUGGAGGAGUUCCUGCGCGAGCAGCGCGUGACGCCGGGCGCGCGGGUUCGCGACCGCCUCGCGCGCUUCCUCGUGCGCGAGCUGGGCAAGGUGCGCGCCAACCAGCUCGACAUGCUCUGCGACACCUACCAGCUCUGCUACAACGACCUGCUCUAGCGACCUCACACGAUACACACCUUUUUUAUUAUAGUAUCGCUACAAAUAUACUUUGUUUCGUAAAACCUCAGAAUAGUUUCAUCUCUACCUUUACAAUA